CUGAGCUCCUCCAUCAAGAGAGAAGGGGAAGUCAAGCCUUUGGAAAUUUGCCCUCUUCACACAGCCCAUGUCUAUGCUGUCUUGUUCAUACUAGGAAAAGGCAAAGGGGGAAAGAAGUUGCACUUGGCCUUGUCAUAGGUUUGGGGAACAUGAAGGUAGAGGAGGGGGAUCUUUAUUCUUGAGAUAAAAUUAUAGGAUGCAUCUGAUUUCUUGAGAGAUGGGCUCUGGGAAAGUAGCCAUCAGAGAUGCAGAGCGUGUCUUUGGCUUCUGCAUUGCCUUUCCUGGAAAACCAGAAUUGGAAGCAAGUGUAAGCAGGAGAAGAGAAUAAGCCUCUCCUACUUAUCUUCUGUUUUGUAUGUUUUCUACUUGUCCAUGCCCUUGUGCUGGUGUUUCUAUUGCUGGAAAGAUAGAUAGAUUGAUUGAUAAAUAGAUAGAUGUUAGAUCCUCUUCAUUGUUGUAGAGAUGGAGUCUGGAAAUGGGUUCUUGUCCGUCGACGAGCACCGCAUGGAUGCCAAGUGGCUCAUCAAUCCCAAGCAGCUCUUCGUUGGCCCCCGGAUCGGGGAGGGCGCUCAUGCGAAGGUCUACGAGGGAAAGUAUAGGAAUCAGAAUGUUGCUGUCAAGAUUGUGAAUAGAGGUCAUACUCCUGAGGAGGCGGCGAAGAGAGAGGCAAGGUUUAUGAGGGAGGUGACCAUGCUCUCUCGGGUCCAACACAAGAACCUUGUCAAGUUCAUUGGGGCAUGUAAGGAGCCUGUGAUGGUGGUGGUCACUGAGCUUCUGCUGGGGGGGUCGCUGCGCAAAUACAUGCUGAACUUGAGGCCGCGGAGCUUAGAGCCUCGUGCUGCGGUGGGGUUUGCGCUGGACAUAGCUCGGGCUAUGGAAUGCUUGCAUUCACAUGGGAUCAUUCAUCGUGAUCUGAAGCCUGAGAACCUGCUGUUGACGGCAGACCAAAGAACAGUGAAGCUUGUUGACCUUGGUUUGGCAAGGCAGGAGACGUUAACUGAGAUGAUGACCGCUGAAACAGGGACAUACCGUUGGAUGGCUCCAGAGUUAUACAGCACUGUUACGUUAAGGCAUGGAGAAAAGAAGCAUUACAAUCACAAGGUGGAUGUUUACAGCUUUGCAAUAGUGUUAUGGGAGCUGCUCCAUAAUCGACUUCCAUUUGAAGGCAUGUCUAACCUGCAAGCAGCUUAUGCAGCUGCUUUCAAAAACAUGAGGCCUAGUGCAGAAAACCUUCCUGAGGAACUGGCUUUGAUCUUGACUUCCUGUUGGAAAGAAGAUCCAAAUUCCCGACCAAACUUUAGCCAAAUAGUGCAUAUGCUUCUACAUUAUCUUUCUACUCUUUCACCACCUGAACCUGUGGUCCCUUCUCGUGUAUUUAGUUCAGAGAAUGUGAUUUUGCCACCGGAAUCUCCUGGGACAAGUUCAUUGAUGGCCGUUCGAGAUGACAUGGGUGAUACCCCGGAGGCCGAGACUGAAAACAAAUCAAGGGGAUUCUUUUUCUGCUUCAACCGGUGCUACUGAUUGCCAACUUGGUAGAUCUUU